UGGCAGGCCCGUUAUAAAAUGUGUUAUCUAAAAGGGUGACAGAUAUCCUGAAUCUAGUUCUUUGUAGACCGCUCAGCUGACGGUCCCUUUAACCGUGAACAUUGGAGAACAUGUGAUGCAUUCUGGAUGUUGACGUUUUACAUUCUGCCAGCGAAAAUGGACGUGCAGCCUCCGCCUUUAAGAACCCUGGACGAUUUUGUCUUGAGCUCUGCUCGUUUCUCUUUCCCAGAUGUUCGUAAUUUGGAGCGAUGGAAUAACCGAAUAAUCAACAACUUGCUGUAUUACCAGACUAACUAUUUCGUCUCUUUUCUGGGAUUCCUUGUGCUUAUCGGGUAUUUCCAGCCGUUCCAGAUGUUCCUGGGGGCUACAGUGGUCAUACUGCUGUUCCUGGGUUUUGUGUGGGCAGCGGAGAACAAGGCUAUCGUCCGGCGUUUCCGCCGAAACCACGCAUCUCUGUCCCUGGUAGCCAUCUUGGGCUCCAGUUACCUUCUGCUGUCUCUGAUUGGCGGGGUGGCUGUGUUCCUCUUCGGCAUCGCCUUCCCUAUUCUGGUGAUUCUGAUCCAUGCCUCUCUGCGUCUGCGCAGCCUGAAGAACAAGCUGGAGAAUAAGCUGGAGAGCAUCGGCCUCAAGAGGACUCCCAUGGGUCUGCUGCUGGAGGCUCUGGGGCUGGAGCAAGAGGCUGGCUCUUAAGGCCCAACCGCAAAUAUACCCCUGUGCACUUCAUUUCAUUCACAGAAGUCAUUGAGGUCACAAAGAUCCACGGUAUUAAUGGGGCCAAUUGGGUAACUAUACAUCAAGUGUGUGUGUGUUUAAUUUAAAAAAAAAAAGUAGCACACAUUUCACUAUAAAAUAUCAACCUAGAUAGAAGUUGACUAACGACCAGAUAUGACUCAGAUCUGGGCCUUAUCCAGGCUCUUCUGUUGUCCUUGAAUGACCUUUAACUGAUGACCUGCUGGUGAUCCAUUUGCCACCAGUGUGCAGACUUUAGACCUUUGUGACUUCUGUGAUUUUAGCAUUUUUUUUCAGUAUAAGCAGCGAGCUUAGGGGAAGUGGAAAGCGGGGCCUUUAACGACGGAGACUUGGAGAGAUGUAAUGGUGUUGUUUGGGAACAGACUCCAGGCAGGGGGAACCAAAAGGGCAAUGGGUGGGGGGGUCAGGAAACAAGGGGGAAGCCAAACAGAACAAUGUGUGUGUGAAAAAGAGAGCAAGAGUGUGUGUGUGUGUGUGCGCGCAUGUGUGUAUGUGUGUGAGAAAGUUUGUAUGUGAGGCUGAUUGUGUGUGUGUGUGAGACAGAGAGAGAGACAUUGUGGGGGAGUUUAUUGCGUAUGUCUGCAUUUACUGAUGUUUUUACUGACCGACAGGAAGUAUGAUGAAUUAAUUUCGCUUCUUUGUUUUUGGACAGAACAUUUGCACACUCUAACAAAUGCAAGGCACAAGCCAGGUCAGUUCACUCCAGGACCAAUAAGAAUGACACAUGGUUGCCAUAGAAAUCUGUUGAAGGAAAGCCAAUCAGAGAUGUCAAAUUCCUUUAAUUCUCAUUCACUGUUCAUCAACAGUGUUACAUAAUACCAUGGACAAACUAAAUACAGGAAAUGAAUUAUACUAUCAUUGUUAUUCAUAGAGAAGUCCCAUACACGACUGUAGCCUGAAGUGUCUUAAUUUAUAUGAACCACAUGGAGUGAUUGUACAUGUUGGUGUUCAUUUAAUGAAGUUCUUUCAACAGAUUACACAGUAAUCAGGCAGUUGUUUAUAUUUUAUUUAUGAUUAGGGGAUGUGUUCAGAUGUGUUUAAGGAGUUUUAUAGCUGGCCGAUGUGUCUCGGCAGUAGAUUCCAAUAACUUGACCCCAUGAGUGGUUUGUCCAUGAAUGUGCAGGAUGGAAACAUUUUGCCUCAAUGUUAUGAAGAAUUUUAGUUGCAGUAGGCAACAAAGUGCCAUUUCUGUUCUAAGUUAAAUUUCAUGAAGGAUGUUUACCCUGUAUAAAAUCAGGAUUUUGCAUUUGUGUGUUUUGCAUUUGUGUGGCGAGCCAGGAGCCUUUUUGUGUAAAACGUUGUUUUGACCAUUUUGUAUCGCUGUUCUUGAAUUUGAUCUGCAUGUGGCCUUCAGUUUAUUGUUCAGUGUGUUGGAAUAUAUUGUUAAGAAACUCAACUUUCGCACAGAAAGUAUGAAUUAUAAAAACAUGUCAUGAUUA